AGCAAGCCAGGGAACGUAAGGACGAUUUGUUUCACCAAAGAACCAUAGUUGCGCUUGCUACACCUUAGUUGUACAUGUACCCACUCCACCAACCUAGUCCAUUGCCUGCUUGAUUGCCAGUUUCAGAAGCUCUUUUGUUAGCGCGCGCUGCUUGAUUCGACAGUGCUAAUUUCGCCAUUGUAGGCUUGCGACGGGCUAGGAGUGGGUUUGCUACGCGGUUCAUUUAGUCAAUGGUCUGCGUCAUUGGGAUGCGCGAUUGGCGAAUCUUUGUGGCAUGUGGCAGCAAGUAAGCAGCUCUUAGCACCUAGAUUGUAGACUCGUGGUGUACAAAUCCAAGACCUGUUACCAGGUUCCGGACCACCAUACGCGUUAUCAGCUGUUUGCGUGACUGACUGAUCCUCGCUGAUAUUAAUCUGAUCGCUAACUUCACUUCGUCUCAAUGCGUGCUCUCGAUUGACUCGCGAUGGUUUUGCGAUUGAUUGGGCGAUAGGUAUGAGUGUCAGUCCGUGCCGAAAUAGAUUCUCCAAGCUCGCCACUGACUAGCCGAGGUCCCAAUGUGACCUAUUAUUGAGGUGACCCUCAGACUCCCCGGCAUGGACUAGCCUGAGGAUGGCUAUAAUGUGCUACUGUAGACAAUUAGAGCAUCGACCGACACCUGCACAUUAGCAGUGGCGAAAUUCCCGACUUAACUUUAGACCCCUCCGUCGAAGGGAUCCCCUCGUGUCUAGUGCAGCUGUAGCGGGGAGCCAUGGUUGGCCAUACGGCUUCGGGGGGAUUCUUAAGAUUUCUAAGAUUAGGACGGUCGGGGUCGCUCAAGGCGUCAUCAGCAGCUUCUAGCAGCAAACACCACCAAAGAGAACCUCUCAGCCUGCGGGUUCUGUUCACGCGGCUGAUAUAUGCGUUAGUGGUGGUGGUUGUGGCGAUGUACGGCAGCGUUUCGUUUGAAGAGGUGGCUCGGAGAAUAGCGAAUUCGCAGACCAACAACGUGCCGAAACGAGCUCAAGUGCUCAUCAACCUCCUCGGCACAGGCCAACUCGGGCGGCCGCUGUUUUUCCGCGAAUCCAAACGAGACGAGAUUCGCCGGACAUUUCACGAGCCCUUGCCGCCCAAGCCAAGGACCGUGCAGGGGGCGGUCGAGGGGGCCAUGCUGUCUGCAGCCACUGGGAUCUCCUCCCUCUGGCAGCGACGCACUCCUGAGAAGAAAUGCCUCAUUCUCGCCGCUCCAGACUCGCAACUGCCCAUGCAGCAGCAGCAACAGCAGCAGCAGCUGGUGUCGUCAGCAGGGGACGUGCACAAGGACUGGCGGGCGGAGGAGGUGCAGGAGGCCAUCCCCAUUGUGUUCGUCACCAGCCACGUGCCCAACGAGCCGCACCACCCCGCCCUGGUGGUCAUAGAACAGGCUCGGAGCCUGAACGACCUGGUGUACGUGGUGGGGCCGAACCCCAAUCUGAAGCACCUGGCAGCGCUGGGGGUGACCAUAGAGGGGCGCAACGAGUACAACGACACUUGUGCAUGGCUGGCUCGCAAGAUGGGGGUGACCCGUAUAGAGGUGGCGCGCCCAUGGAUCCUAGCAGCAUUCAUGCAGCGCCACAACUUUUCCAGAGUGCUUUCGCUCUCCAUCGACGUCAUGCUCUACGCCAAUGUCUCCCAGAUGGUGGCAUGGAUGUACCCAUCGUCCAAGGUCGUGCUGCCAGUACGGUGGCCCUCUAUGCAGCCGCCCCCUCUACCCUCGCAAUAUACUUCAACUGCAGUCUCCAACCACGCAGCCCUGUGGCACAUUGAUGCGCUAAAGGACUUCCUGGCGCUCUACAAGCAGAUCUGGUCCAUGGCGCUGUUCGGGGGGCGUCCAGGUUCGGCGCACCUGAUGCGGAAGAAGGAGUACAGCGAGAUGACCAUCCUGGGGUGGUACACGUGGAGCGAGUGCUGGACCAACGACAAGCUCGACCCGCCCUGCAUGGCCGAACCCGUCACGGGAGUGAGUGGCAAGCUCGCCUACCGUCUCCGCCGCACGCGCUUCCGCCCCAAGUUCCUCGUCGAGUCGCUCUGCCAGCCGCGCUCCUGCCACAACUCCACGUGGUCGGACGAGGGCCUGUGCGUGUGGGACAACAACUUCUCGGUGGCCACGCCCUCGCACUUCUUCCGCUUUGCUCCCACGCGGGGCGACAAGUGCCCCAACAGCAAGCUAUAUGAGCAUUUUCACGCGUGGAUGGGGCAGGUUCCGAGAAAGAAUGUGCAAUUCUUGGCAGUGAACUUCCAGGGGAGUCGAAGGGACUACCUCAAGCUGGAGGAUCCGGACCCUGCAAAAACAUGGGGGAGCGCUGUCUUUUGAAAGUGCAUGGUUGACUUGACUCGUACACUUCACUCAUGCAGUGUGCUUUAGAGUCAGACUCAGAAGCUGUCUUUUGAAGCGCAUGGUUGACUCACAGUGCACCACAUGCAGUGGCUGCCUGAUAGGGUGAAACUGCGGUCCGCAGACCUACCCCGGCCUCCCGGCAGACCUACUCCUCGUGUCACACCGCGCCGGGCGAAACUGCAUUGAACCCCACUCCGUGAGCAAGGAUUCCGCACAGCAUGUGCCUGGCAUGAGAGAGAAAACACACAAGGUGUUUGAUACACACGUGUCUGGCACGUGUUCUGUACCGUCCCUUGCAUCUGAACAGGCAAACUAGCCGUGCUACAACUGUCAGAAUAGCACGGUGCUGGCGUAGCGGAAACGAUCAAACGUUGUGGAACGAAAGCUUGUCAUUCAAGAAGUGCAAUGGGCUUCACAAGCUAGGUGAU